CCUGUACAUCCCGCCCUUCGCAACUGUCAAGGGGGCGAAUUAUUUACUCCGCCGUUAUCGCAUUCGCAUAUCGCUUCGUCCAGCAAACCCGUCUGCCAUACUCUUUCACUCCAGCAGCAUCUCUCAUUUGGCAUUGUGAACAACAAUCGUUCGAAAACCCGCAGCACGCCGCUUCUCAGAAAUGAGCGCCUCAUCUACAGUCGCCCGUAGGGCCUUGGUCGUGAACCCAUUUCUGGGUGCCGGCGUUGCUCUACCGAGGCAAGGUCUUCUAGCCGCGUCGACGCUUCUUGCGCGCAAUUCGCGGCACAUCAUGCUUAACAACCAGACUUCUGCCCUUGUUUUUCCCGUCCGCCCAAUUACCACAUCUGGAACCAGCACUCAUGGAUCGGGGCCGCCGGCCGGACCCCCGCCUGGCUUCAACGCGGAGGAAGCUAAGAAACCUCUUCCCAGAGAAGCCGCGACGCUUCCUGUUAAGAGCAAGACCAUCGCUGGCGAGGUGCAGGAGGUGACUAAGAAAACGACUGAGGCCUUGGCCGGGACUGAAGCGUCUCAAAGCCAACUUGCGGAACAGAAGCAGUCCGGCGCCGAAAAGAGCGAAGGAAAGAAGGAGGAGCCCAAGUUGACCCUGAAACAAAAGAUCAAGAAGGAGGCACAACACUACUGGGAUGGAACCAAGCUGCUGGCUGCCGAGGUCAGGAUCAGUUCGCGGCUUGCGAUCAAGAUGGCGGCAGGUUACGAACUGACUAGGCGAGAGAACCGCCAACUCCGGAGAACUGUUCAGGACUUGGGUCGCCUGGUUCCCUUUUCCAUGUUCGUCAUUGUGCCAUUCGCCGAAUUGCUUCUCCCUGUUGCGCUUAAGCUGUUCCCCAACAUGCUUCCCAGCACCUACGAGGAACAGAAAUCCAAGGACAAGAAGGCGUCUACGCUUCGGGCCACCCGGAAGGAGGUUAGCGACUUCCUGCGCAAGACUAUGAAGGAAACCGGUCUCCCGUUGACGCAGGUUACGGCGCAAAAGGAGGAGUUCAGCAACUUCUUCCGCAAGGUCCGGUCUACCGGCGAGAAGCCCACUGCUCAGGACGUGAUCAAGGUCUGCAAGAUCUUCAAGGAUGACUUGACCCUCGACAACCUGUCCAGGCCGCAGCUCGUGUCCAUGUGCCGCUACCUGAACCUCAACACCUUCGGCACCGAUAUGAUGCUUCGCUACCAGCUCCGCCACCGCAUGAGGCAAAUCAAGAGAGACGACCGUGCCAUCAGCUACGAGGGCAUCGAGACCUUGUCGGUCGCUGAACUUCAAGUCGCGUGCGCCAGCCGUGGCAUCAAAAGCUACGGUGUGUCACCUGCCAGGUUAAGAGAGGAUCUCCAGACUUGGCUGGAUCUUAGACUUCGUGAAGGUGUUCCUUCCACUUUGUUGGUGCUUAGCAAUGCCUACAUGUAUGGCCAGACCGAUGGCGAAGUUUCCAGCCAAAUUGAGGCUCUAACAGGCGUUUUGUCCUCGAUCCCCGAGGAAUUGUUCCAUGAGAUUGAGCUUGAGGUUCACAACGCGGAGGGCGCCGCCACGAAUAAGCAACGACUUGAGGUACUAAAAGAGCAGCAAGAGCUGAUCGACGAAGAGCUUCAGCAAGAUCAGGAGAAUCAGAAGACUGGCUUUGCUACGCCGAGAGAUACGGAGGACAUUGACGAGGAUCAUGAGAGGCACAUGCAGGCCAAGGCCGACGGUAUCGAGAAGGCCCAAGUUAGUGAGGCGGUAGAUGCCGAGCAGGAGGCCCUCACAGCAGCCCGUGUUGACCAAGCGGGGGAGCAGAAGUCAGAGAAGACUACGGAGAAGUAAGCAAAAUGUGAACGAGGAAAGUUUUUGGGAGGAGUUUAAGCGGGUGCCGGCAAUUCGAAUUCACUUCGACGUCCAUGGGACCUUGAAAUUCUCCUUUGUUGGAUGUUUUGGUUGCGGGUAUUUAGCAGCCCUACGGUUCGGGACGGUGUAGGCUUUGUAUGGUUAGGCAUGGAACAGGCACCGGCGAACCGCGACGAUGGAAGAAUCAAGGGUUUUUGUUGCAUUCAUGUCACAUGGUUUGCUACUUUUUCACUCAUUCUGGACAGCAUGCAUAGAUCAUGAUAUAACAUAUACUAGACACAGGAACGCAUCUCAACCAAGUAGAAACAGCAAGCGAUUGCAC